AUCAAAUGUCUGAUUUAGCUGACAAGAUAGUUGUAGUAAUUAGAAAGAGACCUUUGGGAAAAAAGGAGCUUGCAAAAAAGGACGAAGACAUUGUAGAUGUUCAGAGUGAUUAAAGUGUGAUUGUUAGAGAAGUGAAGUAAAACACAAUUGUAUACUUAGAUAAAAGGUAGAUCUUACAAAAUAUGUUGAAGAGCAUAUGUUUAACUUCGAUUUGGCAUUUGAUCAGAAUGCCUCAAAUUAAUAAGUUUAUUUGAAUGCAGUUCGACCAAUAAUAGAAGCAGCCUUUAAUAAGGCUCGAGUCACUUGCUUUGCUUAUGGACAAACAGGAAGUGGUAAAACACAUACAAUGUUGGGUGAUGUAGAUAAACAAAUACCUGGAAUGUACAUCUUAGCAGCAAAUGAUAUAUUCUAACUGCUACAAUAAGUAAUUUGAAUGCAAUUAUAUUAUUAGCCUGAAUUCCAUCAUUUAUGUGUAGGAGUAUCAUUUUUUGAAAUCUACUGUGGCAAAUUACAUGAUCUUUUAAAUUCGAGAGCGUAAAUCUAAAUGAGAGAAGAUGCUAAAGGAAAUGUUAAUUUAAUCAACCUUAUUGAGAAGAAAGUCAACUCUGUCUAAUUACUCAUGUAAAUCAUAACAUAGGGUUAAAGUACUAGAGUGACAGGUUAAUUUUAUUUAUUAUAUUUUCUUAGCUCAAAAUGGAGCCAAUAAUGAAUCAUCAAGAUCUCAUGCCAUUUUACAAAUCAACUUAAGAUCUGGUAAAAAUGUUUUUGGCAAAUUGUCUUUCAUUGAUUUAGCUGGAAGUGAAAGAGGAGCAGAUGUUUAAGAUUCCAACAAACAAACUAGAAUAGAUGGCGCUGAAAUCAAUAAAUCUCUACUAGCUUUAAAAGAAUGUAUUAGAGCAUUGGAUCUUAAUAAAAAUCAUACUCCCUUCAGAGGAUCUAAACUUACAUUAGUAAAUUUUAUUUAAAUAUUCUUAGGUUUUAAAAGAUAGUUUAACCGGAAAUUGUAAAACAGUAAUGAUUGGAAACAUUUCUCCAAGUUCAUCAAGCAGUGAACACACCUUAAAUACAUUAAGAUAUGCUGAUAGAGUUAAAGAACUUAAAAAACCUUAAGAUAAAUAGUUUUAAGGAGAUUACAUUUAAAGAGAAUUGAUGUUGGCCAGAUAAAAUAGUACUAUUUUAAUCAAUUAAUUCAAUAGCAAACGUAGUUAGAAAAGCAUAUAAAAAUCCAGAUGAUGAAGAUGAUGAAGAUAUAUCAUGUAAUUCCAUGAGCAAUUCAUUAUUUCCUUAAUAAUAACAGUAAUUUAUGUUUUAAUAAUAAUAAUAAUAAUAAUAAUAAUAAUAAUAAUAAUAAUAAUAAUAGUAAUAAUAAUAAUAAUAAUAAUAGUAAUAAUAGUAGUAAUAAUAAUAGUAAUAGUAAUAAUAAUAAUAAUAAUAAUAAUAGUAUAUGUUGUAAUAAUAAUAUUAAUCUAAUUAAUAUCUAUUUUAAUAACCAUAAUAAUAAUAAUAAUUUGUUCCUUUAUAGUAAUAGCAAAUAUAAUAAUAAAAUGCACCAAAGUUAUCAUAAAUAUCAAAAAAUUCUUCCUAAUAGAAUUCUAAUAAUAAUAUUCUAAAUAGAUUUAAUUUAGGUUCAUUUCCUACUAUUAAUGGUGGUAGUUCUUCUAAUAUAGUGCCAAAUAAUUCCAGAUAGUAACCAUUUUUAUAAUAAUAAUCUUCAUGUAAUUCCAUUAUGACAGAAAUUCCUCAAUAACAACCCCAAUUAUUUCAAUAAUAGCAGUAUUAAUAGUGUAGUAAAUCACUCUCAUACCCUUAAUAAUAGUAAUAAUUUUGUUAGAAUAAUAAUCUUUUCCAAGAGAAUGGAUUUGAUUAAGGAUAUUAAUAAUCCCAAUCAAAUUAAUAACCAUUAGAUAUUCGUCAAGAUUCAAUGGUUGAGGAAGAAUUAUGCAUAAAUAAUCCAAAUUAUUUUAGUGUUACUGGAAGAUAUUCUUAGGAAUCUCAAUCUUCAAGAUAAAGUUCGACCAGACCCUUAUAAGAGAUCAACAAUUAUGAAGGGUCUAAAUACUUUAAUAAUAGAUAAUUCACAAAUAAUGAAUACUAAUAUUAGUAACAUAUUUUGAAUGAACAUAAACAAACUAUUGAUAAAAUAGUUGAAAUCACUAAAGAUGUAUUGAUUUGAUUAUACAAAAGGAAAUGAUUAAUUUAUAAUAAGUCUAAUCUCCCUAAGAUAUGUCAUAAUAUGUGUAAAAAGUGAUGUUCUAGUUACAGAACAAAAUGGAUUUAAUUGCCAAUUUGCAUCAAAAAAUGAAACAAUAUUAGAAGGAUGUUGAAACUAGGGGAAUGCCAUUCCAACCAAAUUCCCAUACUUUUAGUUUAUUUUAAUAAGAUGAUAAUUUACUAAACAUAGAUGAUAAUGUGAUUUGA